AUGAGUAGCGCUCAGGCUAUGGAGGAGGAGCUGCAGCAGAGCGUACUACGUUCACAAACCCAGGAAUGGGAUCAGAGCCCGGCGAAUUUGAACGAAGCAUCCCACCACAGCAACUCCGACAUAGCGAUUGCUCAUGGCCGGCUAACAAGAAGUGGUGGACGAAUUGAGAGUUUCGAGGCUGACCAGGAUGCCUCUGGGGAGGAGGUUGAAGAGGACCUCGAGGGUGAAAGAGAUGCAUCUGGAGAGGAGGACGCUGAAGGCGAGGAUGACUACGAAGUGCUUCAGCAGCAGCCGCAUGGCCCCACAUUGACAGCGCGAGAUCGAUCACUAUCCGAGUUGGACGAAUUAGAAGAGGACGAGGUCGAGGACGAAUACGCAGGUGGAGAGGAUGGCAAUACAGAGGACACUGCUUCGAAACUCCGCGCCGCUCGAGCUCAUGCACAGAUGUCAGACGCCGACAUGGAAACAGACAGCGAUGCUGCCGAGCAAGCCGGCGUCGACGCAGAAUCGGUCGACGAUGACGAAGAUUCAGAUGACGAACUCCCAUGGGAAGAUGCCCAAGGAGAAAUCGAGGAUGAUGAAUCCGACACCGGUGUAGCAAGCAAUGCAUGUGUUUUCUGCAAGCAAGACGAAGAGAAUGAUCCCAGCGAGGAUUUUGAUCCGUACUUGUCGUGCCAAAACUGCGGAGAGCAUGCGCAUCAACAAUGCGCCAGAGAUGCAGCAGCUCUGAGUGAGUACAAUGCUCGCUGGAGAUGCCCAGAGUGUUUCGAAGAGCCAGAGGCCGACCAUGAGAUAAAUAGCGACAGCGGAGUCUCGCAUGACGAGGCGGAUUCACAACGGCGUGAACUCGGGGCACUAUCUGAUGAUGCGCUUCCCGGUAUUCAGGCGCAAAUGGAUUCUGGUAGUCUCACGCCUAAUGGAACGUCUAUGGGUAGGCAGCGGUCUCUGCGGAAAAGAAAGACUUCCCUCGCAGAAUCGGAGGAUACUGGGGUGUCUCUGAGAAAAAGGCGGCGAGGUGUCUCGAUGGCCGACAACGAAAACGAUGACGAUGCUGACGAUGACGGGCAAUCCACUGAAGGCGCGGCACGCUCCGUUCGAACACUGCGUCUCAAAAUCAACAAGCCACCUCCAGCCUCAAUCGAGAAGAGAACUCGCAAUUCUUUGGUCGUCAGGCUCCACGUUAGAUCUGGCCCUCUCAAAGACGUGUUGUCGAGGAGGAAGCGGGACAAAAAGUCAUCAGCUGGACAGCCCAGAUCCACACGGCCUACAUCCAUUGUCGCCAGCGCGACACAAGCCAAUGCGGCUACCAUUGAAACUCCCUUCACUGCGGAUGCCUACAGUCAGCCCUGGUAUUCGUUGCUUGACCGGGAUGGUGACGAUGGCAAAGGCAAACCUUACGGCGGAAUUUUAGAUGAGGCCGAAGCGGACACGACGAAGACUUUGCCCGCCGAAGACGACCGAGAACGUUUCAGAGAAGCAAUGAGAAAAGCAGAUGUCCAAUGGCAGGAGAAAGCUUUGCAGGGAGCCCCAGAGAUGACUAGCCGUAAAGGCAAGAAGUCGGACAACGGCAGCAAAAUUGAGUGCAUCGAAUUCGGAGGAUGGGAAAUCGACACCUGGUACGCGGCCCCCUACCCAUACGAGUACAGCAAACAUCGCGUGCUCUACAUUUGCGAGUUCUGCCUCAAGUACAUGAACUCGGAUUACGUUGCUUGGCGGCACAAGCUCAAGUGUGCCGCCAAGCAUCCUCCGGGCGACGAGAUUUACAGACACGGCUCCAUUUCCUUCUUUGAGGUAGAUGGACGAAAGAACCCUAUAUAUUGCCAGAACCUCUGUCUGCUGGCGAAGCUCUUCCUCGGAUCAAAGACUCUCUACUACGACGUGGAACCGUUCCUUUUUUACGUCUUAUGCGAAUACGACGAGACUGGGUAUCAUUUUGUUGGCUAUUUCUCUAAAGAGAAAAGACCAAGCAGCCUGAACAAUGUGUCAUGCAUUCUUACGCUACCGAUCCACCAACGAAAGGGGUACGGGAAUUUGCUGAUUGACUUCUCCUACUUGCUCACCAAGGCGGAGGAGAAGACAGGAUCGCCGGAAAAGCCACUAUCGGAUCUUGGAUUGGCUCUGGCGUGGACGCCCUACGUCAUGGGCAAGAACAACAUCGCCAAUUUCGACCUGGGUCCCAUUAGUACUGUGGCGCCUAGAGAAGACGACCAAGCCAAGGUUGACGAAGGUCCGGGCGGUAUUUCGGCCAUCACUCGGCCUAUGGUCGAUGACAUUCGAGUGCUUCCACAACACGAUGCAGCAGAGCCAACGGAGAGUGUUGCUGAGCAAGACGACCCUUCCUCCCAGCUUCAAAUCGAAGCUCAGUCGGAGCUUGAGCAGGUCGGUUCUCACGAGGCCGGGGAUAACAAGGAGGAUAGUCAACCAGGAGCAAGGUUCCCGCCAGGCUGGCGCGAGAAAGUUGCCAACGGAUCAGCCGUGGUUGGCGAAUCGGGUAUCUUGAUGGUGGACAAGGCUGGAGCCAAAUCAGCGGGCUCUACACAAGCCAAAGUUGACUUGGCCGUGGUCCAGAGCGACAUUCCUGAUGGAACAUCUGCAGCACUGGGAGGGCCCAAUGGUGUAGGUGAAGCUGGCGAGGAUGUUGACGCCGAGGGCGAGGAUGUAUAA